UGUCGCUGGCGGUGGUGCUGGGCGGGCGCGAGCUGGGGCUGCUGGCGGGGUGCGCGGGGCUGCGCAUGAUGCAGGUCCAUUCCGUAGCCCUGGAGACCCUGGGUGCUGGCGGCACCUCCCCACCCUGCCUGCCCUCCCUGCGCACCCUCAUCCUCGGGGAGCUCACCCUGCCGGCCGCUGAGGACCCGCACCACCCUCCUCCGGCCCCGCUUCAGCCUCAGCCGCACCCGCGGCCUCAGCCUCCCGCCCAGCCCCUGCUUGCGCCCCUGUUCCCGCGUCUGGAGAACCUGCUGUGUUUUCACGUGGCAGGAUGGGGGCUGCGGGCGCUGCAGGGGGCGCAGCAGCUGAGGCGGCUGGUGCUCAACUGCCC